GCAGCGAAUUCCGUGGUGUGGGUCACAUAAGUUAUAAAAGCCUCGUACGGCAGUUCAUCCCACAAGGGUCUCUAACAUCUGCUUGGAUACCCAGGAAAGACCAAACGACUGGAAAUGUGGCAAAUCAUGCUGGUCACGACAGUUCUUUUGGUGACACUGAGGACAGCACUUUGUCAAACUACUAGUAUGACUGGAGGCUUACAGACCACCAAUGCUAGCCUUCCUGUCACUCCAUCUGGAACCUCGAUGUAUUUAAACAAGGCAGUUUCUUUGGAAACAGGCACAAUGCGUUCAUCAUCAGUGACUCCAUCUUUAAGGAACGUGCAGACUGAACCUAGCUCACCAACUUCCGCUUUAGGAGGUUUCAGCACCAGUAACUCUUCUGUUGACCCAGUUACUGAAAGCCCAUCAACUGGAAUCGUCACUGGAAAACCUGCAUCAGGGACCCCAGCUUUGGUGACUCAAGCGUCAGGGACCCUAAUAUCUGGGGUCACGAGCUUAGGAGGUCAGCCAUCAAGUUUCUCGCCUAUCAAAACCUCGUCCUCGGGAUCCACAAACGACUCGUUUACAGGUACUUCUCCCCCUGCAACAAAGGCAGGAGGUAUCUCUUUGGGGAAUUCUUCCGGGGACAAUAGCUAUACGACUAAUAAAUACACACCUUCAUCCUUCCCUAAAACAGACUCACGAAACUUCAGUGCAACUUCACUCAACUCGACCCCUCUUGUCGCCAGUGCCAACUCCACCAGCGCUUCGACUUCCGGUGCCGCUCAGCAACUCCAGAACUUGAUGCUUUUAUUGAACAUGAUGUCGGGUAACUCUGCCAACUCUUUGCCACCCGAAUUUCUGUCCUUCCUAAUGAACAGCGGCAUCUCCCUUCAGAACACUCUGCAGAAACUCAGUCUCCUGUCUCAAACCCUGCAAGUCUUGCCCCAGUGCGCGGCGGACCUUGCAGCCUUCCAGGCGGGGAUUCAAAAAGGAGAACUUUGGCCCUUACAAAUGAUAGACGCCAUGGGAAAACCACAGGCCGGCAUUCUGCUAGGGGAGAAAACAUUUGUGGGACAGUAUGACGAAUGUCGGGGGAUUUCUCAAAAGAUGAAUGAUGGUGUGAUCGAGGGACUGUUUUGUACUCUUCAAGUGAAGAUGAACUUUUCCGGUCUCGGUGCACAGCUGGCUCUUCUGGACCAAGUCCUCAGCACUGUCUAUGUUGACAUCUGUCUUCCGGCUUCAUGUAGAGACGACGUGGCCCUGCUGGCAAAAGAAGCAGCUGACGCUUUGGGACAAACAGUGCUAGGGGCGUCUUGUGUCACCUCCAAGGAUCCUACUGGUGACACACUAUUUUGGGUCACCAUCGGGAUCAUCGCCUUCCUCACCCUCCUUGGAGUGUGUGGCACAGCCUACGGUGUUCACCUCAAAGGGAGCGAGAAGACACCAAACAAGACAAGCACGCCAUACCUUACAAGUCAUAUCAAUAUGGCCUUUAAUGGGGAAACGCAUGAAAAUAUCGAUAAACACGCCAAUGGAAGUAGUUCUCUCCACGAAGUUAUGGUUCAAGACAAGAAUGGUGAAGGGUAUGUCAUUGGAAACGGCAAUCUACCGGAAGUGACGGGUCAAGGCGAGAAGCACAAACCGACAGUAGCUACUAACGGACUAAAGAUAUACGCCAAUCACGAGCCAGAGAAACAAAAAAUAGUCAGAUCCAGAGGUCUGUGCUCCAAGCUGCUGUUGAGUUUCUCGGUACUAGAAAACGGCAAAAAGCUGCUAAGCUUUGAGAAAGGUCAAGGUGACCUGUCCUGCCUUCACGGCAUCCGGGUCAUUACCAUUACCUGGGUCAUCCUGGGUCACUGCUUUGCCAUGCCGACUGCUGCUACAGCCAACACAGUAGGAAACGCAGCAGCCCUUUUCACUAUGAUACAAGACUGGACAAUGGCGCCUCUAUUCAGUGGAACACUUUCGGUUGAUACCUUCUUCCUUUUAAGCGGUUGCCUGACAUCCUACCUGUUCUUACGACAGGCACAGAAGGCUGGCGGCAUCACGUGCAGAAACAUGAUUCUGUACUACGUGCACCGAUUCUGGAGGCUGACACCUUUGUAUAUGGUCGCUAUCAUAUUUUAUGCCGGAAUAAUGCCAUACCUUAUGAGCGGUCCCUACGAUAACUCGCAAUCAGCUACCUUGCAGAACUGCAAGAAGUACUGGUGGGCUAACAUACUCUAUGUCAACAAUCUUGUUGAUAUAUCGAAAAUGUGUCUGGGCCAGAGCUGGUAUCUCUCUGACGACAUGCAGUUCUAUGUCAUUGCCCCCCUUAUGCUCGUACCAUGGGUAUUCGGGAAACGGACUAUCGGCAUUCUGUUCUGCAUUGCUCUGAUCAUCGUCCACAUCGUCACGAACCCCAUUUUUAUCACAAGAGAUAAUCUGCAGCUUCUCUACGGAAAUACGCAGCUGGACUAUAUGAAGGAAGUCUACCUUCCUCCCUGGACCCGUGUCGCGCCAUUUGCAAUCGGUGUUCUCUUGGGCUACAUCUUGCACUCCACUGGAUGCAAGUACAAAAUGCAGAAGCUUCUCGUGCUGUUAGGGUGGCUGGUGGCAACGGCUGUAGGCCUAGUGGCUGCUUACGUGCAGUUUGAUAAUGUCAAAGGCAUGGACAAGACCCUACACCUGACCUGGGACUCAAACCAGUUUGCCGUGUACGAGACUCUCAGUCGACCAGCGUGGGCAUGCGCAGUGGCGUGGGUCAUACUGGCUUGUUGCACAGAACAUGGAGGCUUUGUAAACACCUUCUUGUCCUGGAGGGGCUGGGGGCCUCUGUCACGGCUGACCUACGGGGCCUACCUGUUCCACCUCACCACGAUGUACGUCAUCUUGGGCAACAAAAUCGCACCUUUCUAUCUUUCCUCCUGGACUGUGGCGGAGCUAACGAUCUCUGUCACGGUUCUAACCUACAUGGUGUCCUUCGUCUUCUCGCUGCUGGUGGAGUCGCCUACUCUUGGCCUCGAGAAGGCGCUGCUAGGUGGCGCUGGUAACAAGAAACAUUAGUGACGUCAGUGAUGUACAUCAAAGACACUUCUGUGCAGCUUUACCUUCAUUACAUGGGCAGUCCGUUGGCGCAACGUUUAGCGCCUGUCACCAAUACAGUGAGGGCUGGCUGUCCUGGGUUCAGAUCUCGUCUCGGGCACGUUGUUGUUUCUCUGCAUGUGCCAUAUGUUUACAGGGUUGGUUGCCUUACAGUGAUAUAGUACAUACGGCUGUCAGGUUUAAGUACCUUGGUUUAAUGAUAGACGGAAGGCUUUCCCUUAGUAAUCACGGGAAUCAAGUGUACAGAUAAGCACAGCAAAGACUACCUUUUGAGAAAACUCCGCAGCUUCAACGUCAGUUCUGGGAUGCUAGAGACUGUUUACGGGUCUCUUGUUGAGAGCAUCCUCACAUCUAACAUCGCCGCCCGGUAUGGUCACCUCCUCGUCACAGACAAGGCAAGGCUGGCCAGAGUCAUCCACCAGGCAAAUAAAAUUACUGGUAAAUCACAGCUGCCACUUUCUGACUCGUACCUUCAUGCAGUCAGAAAGAUGGCACAUGACAUCACCUCAGACCAAACACCUUCUCCUUCCCAGCCUUCAGCUUUCGCCCUCUGGCAAACUUCAAAGUGCCACGUGCGCGAAAAACUGCCUACCAGAGGUCCUUCAUGCCAGCAGCCAUCACCAUCCUAAAUAAGAGGCAAAAGGACUCGUAGGGCUGCCAUACUAACUGCCAUCCUCCUUAUGAGAUUUGCAUGUAUGUGUGAGGUGUAGGUGUGCGUUUGUGUUGAGUGUCUUGUAUGGGUAUGUCUGGC